AAAUAAAUGGCGAAAUCCAAGCCACUUGUUUAUUUCCCUCAAUCCGUCAUUAUCAUAUAUUUUUUUUCUUAAAAAGACAAAUAAAUAAAUAAAUUAGAUUAUUAGUAAUGAAGGACUUGGUGAUUGAAUUGAAUUGAGACAAAUAGAAAUCCGCCCGCGAUGACCCACCCUAUCCUUUCCGUCUUCCCCUGCAGCCAGCCCUCGCCUCGCCAAUGACAAUCCCAAAGCCUUCUUCUUCUUCUUCUUCUUCUUCUUCUUUCUGCAGGCAGCAGUAGUAAUUGCAUUUGCCAUAAAAACCCGCACUCGGGUUUCCCCGCAGACCGCACACGCUCUCCCCUUUUCCGCCACUUGCUUUUAAACAACUCGUCCUCUCAGUCACUCCCUACUAUUUCACCGACUUCCGUCCUCUCCCCGAUUUCCACAUCGCUACCAAUUCAGAUUCCUCUACACCUCUCUGCAGAAUCUAUUAUAACGCUUUUUACUCUCCCUCUCUCUCUCUCUCUCUCGCACAAAUCACGUUUCCUUGGAGACUAUAAACAAGGAUAGUUUUUUUUUGGGAGGGGGUUUCUUACCCUGCUCUGCCUCUCUGCUUCACUGUCACGAUUAGCUGGAAUUUGCCAGGCUCCUUUGUCUUUGUGGGUGGCAUAUAGGCUGGGGUUUGAGGAUUUUGGAGGAGGAGCUGGCUGUGGGGGCGCGAAGAGGGAGGGACGACAACAACGCCCACGAUCUGUUUGGUUUUAUUCCUCUUAGGAGAAGAGUAGAGAGUCGGUUUUUUUCUUUGGGGGGUUUUGAGGGAUAAUCAAUCAUGCCAUCAGGUGCGAAGAAGAGGAAAGCUGCUAAGAAAAAGAAGGAACAGCAGGCCUACCACCACCAUCCCAGCGACAGCAGCAAUGGGAACAACCCACAAGGAAACGGUGAUCAAAAAGUUGAAGAUGAGAGGGAUAGUGAUAUCUCUGAGGUGAAUUCCCCAGGAUCAGAAGGGAAUCCUCAUCGCCAGCAUACAUUUGACGAGGGCAAUGGAUUACCCGGCAAAACUGGGAUUGCUGCUGAGAAUCCAACUGGAGAAGCAGGACGAAGUGAUGAAGCUGCACAUCAUGACGAUGAGGUGAUUAAGAGGGAGGAGGAUGGGAAGUCUUCUAAUCAGGAAGUCAAGAACCGUGAGGUUACCCUUGAGCACAUGGAUUCUGAAAAGGCCUCCCAUGGUGACAGAAGCUCAACUAGUAGCAGCAGCAGCAGCAGCUCUUCUGAUGAUGAGUCCUCCUCAGCAGUUCAGGAUAAGCUAAAAGAAGUGGUGAUACCAAUUUCUGAAGAAGUUAUCACUGAGAUGGAAGCUGCUGAAGUUGUGAAUCCUGAGGUUAUUGAGAUUGCUGAAGGAGGAUUGAAGGAUCAUGAGGUGAAGUUGCCUACAUCUUAUCAGUCUAAUGAAGUGCUAGUGCCAUUGGAUUCUGGUAAAAAUCAAGAAGUUUUCCCUACAUCGGAUCAGAAUGUUGAGGUGGUUAGCGAAACUGUUACCGAAGGUAAAACAUUGGCAUCAUUAGGUGCUGCUGCUGAAACCAGUAUUCCUCAGGGUGCCCGUGCUUCUACUGAAACCGAUGUUAGUGCUGUUUACGCUAAAGACACCAAGAUUUCUGAAUCAAUCGAGAAACAGCUCAACGAACCUCCUGGUUUAGCUGCUGUGGCUUAUUGGAUGCAUUUACUAGUUCUGAUCGGUGAUGCCAGACACAACGCUCGAUGAAUCAUGGGCAGGCAAUUGGGGAGGAUUUGUUACAGCUCGGAGUUAAGUCCUUUUGAGAAAGGGAAAAGGAGGGUAAAUGAAUUUUCUGAAUAAAGAACGAGGAACAUAUUAUAGAGGGAAGCUUUUCUUUUUUCUUACAAGGUUUUAGAAACAUAGCAGGUACUGCUUAGUUACCAUACAGACUAUGUUUCUCUCUAAGGAUGUGUGUUGAUUUUUCAGUGGUGUCAAUAGAACAGUGUGUUUGUUGUACCUGCUUCGUUUAUAUUGAUCAUCGUCGACUUUUGUUUCAUUGUUGGUAAUGUUAGCAUCUUUUAUCAGCUACUCGUCUCCUUCGUUAGAACUUAGAAGGAGCUGCAACGAGGGCUGUGCAAUGUUUUAGUCGAUUUUGCCAAAUCAACUUUCUGGUCGACUUUAUGUUGAAACUCGAUAAUUUGAAAAUGGUCUGAAUUAGAGAGAAUGUAGGUUCAUCCUUUUCUGGAUCGAA